UUUUGGAAUUCGUUUCAUUUGUAGAUUUUUCCCUUUUAAGUAAUUUUCUUUCAGUUUUAUAAGAUUUCUACCACAUAAUGUUUAUAUCUGUAUUCAUAUAUAUAUGUGAGGGUUAAGAAUUGUUAUUCAUUCUUUGUAGGAAAAUAUUGCUAGUUGUUGCUAUGCACCUAGAUGCGUAGACGAGAUGUUUAUAUUAUUUAGUCAAACCAACUUUAUUUUUUACCAAUCAAAUAAAAUUGUUUUUAGACGUUGAAAAACAAACAACUCUUUCUACUACACACAACAGCAAAGAAAUUCAAUUAAUGCAAAAUACGGAAUGUUUUUGUUGUUAUUUAGCCCCAAGUCUUCUCUGAUUGAGCAGAUAUACUAAGACAAUCCAGUUGUGGCCGCCUCAUAUUUUCAUAUAUAUCAAUGACUAUACUGUGUAAUGAAUCUUUUCCCUUUUUAAGAUGGAAGGAUGUGAUUUGAGGAAGAUUUUAUUACUAUUUCUAGCAGAUCGAACGACCACGUAGAGGUUCCAUCGUUAGUUGUCGGUGAAUGCCACAAUCGAUUUCUGCGAGAAAGACAUAUCCGUGUUGCUUCCCUUUUCUUUCUAGUUUUUCCAUAACGAAGGAUGGCUGCCGAUCAUGCGGAGCACGACUCCGAAGCGUCCACCAAUUAGACGGCUUAGUAUAUGCUUCGUGUUUCCUUUCCUUGCCAUAUUUCAUAUUUUUUAAACCGCUCUGUACAGCGCUUUAGUCAAAUGAUGGCUGGUAUGCAGCUCGUACAUUGUUUUUGUUUGGCAAGGAAACGUUUUUCCGAAUAUUACAUAUCAGCGUGAACAAAAAAAACUAGCAAGAAGGGGAAAAGAUAAAAAAAAAAGGAAAAAAAAGCAGAAGAAAAGAGAUAAGUUAAGUUUGUUGCUGCUGCUGAAAUUCUAUUUCUAUGGCGACAUCUAGAAUCAUAACUGUUGGAAAUUUGCUCUACUGAGAAUGUUAUCGGCUCAAACAGCUAGCGACGACGUCGUUACAACAUCUAAAUCUGAAUCGGUUGCAUAUGUUUUUAUUGUUGCCCUUCUCGGUCAAUACUCGGCUGUUUCUCGCCCGCAGAGAUCCAUACACUGCUCUAUCCGCGCUCGCUUUAUCUCAAUGCUGUUGCCCUUUCUAUGGAUUUUACUUAUGGACACUUUUCUCUAGCAGCUCUGUCGUUUGAGAGAUUAAUGUUUACAACAUCAAUCACUUAUCUAGCGUAUUUGGUCAUUCAUGAAAGCAGCCAGGGUCAAUCUCAACUAUUGGUUAUAGCAACAGGAAAUGGUACCAGUUUGCUGAUGAAAGUUUUCAAUGGCUCACCCAACACUAGUUUCACUCUGCACAGCAUCCUUGUUUCCUGACCAGAAGAAGCUAAGUUACCAUGGCAGAAUCCAUAGAGCGGCGUCCUCCAAAACCUUUACAAAAGCAGACAGAGUUCGAAGAGACCGAGGAUGACAAUAGCACCCAUAGCCCAAGCUCUGAUCAAUCUGACAACACCAUAACUGCUGGACCAGAUACCCCUGGAGUGCAGUCAUCAGGAGAGUCUCCGAAAUCAAUCUCUCCAGAUGACUACAAACCAACAUCUUACGCAGAUCAAGAUGUUCAGCACCAUCAGAAACUGCAACAUCCAGAACCAGUACAGAUUGUCAUUAAAAAUAUACGCUACCCACCACUUCAAACAAAAACUAAAUCUUUACGUCGCAGUGCUGCGCUAUGCUGUGAAACAGAUGAAGAUGGAUCUCCUCCCCCAGAAAACUACUCCACACACACUGGAGUUUCAAAUGAUUCGUUGCCACUACCUCAAACAACUGGUAGAAAUAGGCUUGAAGAAGAAGGUUCACAAAGCUCAGAGGCUGGUACCUCACUGAGUUCUUCAAGAGAUUCCAGUGUUGACAUACCAUACACUGAUUCAACUGGUAUAGACCUGGAAGAUUUCAUUAAGAAAACAUUAAAUAAAACACCAAAAGAUAGGAAAAUAUUACUUAAAUUAGAGACAGACCUCAUUAAAUUUGUAAAAGAACCUGAGCAUCUUUUUCUAAAGUUUCCUCCUAUGUCCUCAUAUGAUCGAAUGCUUGUCCAUCGGGUUGCAGCUUAUUUUGGUCUCGAGCACAAUAUUGAUCAAACAGGCAGAUGUGUCAUAGUGAACAAAACACCCAGUACAAGAUUACCUGAAUUCAGUUUUCAAGAACACAUACAUGACUCUGAUACCAAUGUAGGAAAAAAACAGAUACUAAAAAGAAAUGGAAGUUUGGAAGAGACCCACACCAUAGAGAAGCCCCACCUGUCCAGAUCAUCAAGAACCAAAUCUUUAGAAGAAAGGCUACAAGAAUAUAAUGAGACACGUGCACGGAUAUUUAAAUCUCCUCAAGCAUCAAUUGAAGAUCCACAGCUAAAUAUUAUGAGAAAGCUGUCUCGACCUGCUAGCUUAGGUGGCAGUAAGGAAGAUCUUGGUUCAAGACCUUGGAGCAGUACGGACUCCUCUAGUGGUUAUGGUACAGAUAGCUCAGUUAAAUCCAGAAUGCCAGUUACAAAAGCUGGUAGCUUUGGUGGCUUCUCUAGUUCUCAUAAUGUUAAGACUGGCAUCUACAGGGGUGCAAGUUUAUCAAAAACAGAUUCUAUUAGCAGCGGAACAUCCAGCUGUCUUGGAAGUCCAAUGCCAACUAUUCCUUGUACCCCUCCACGAAGUAGUGUCAGUCCACAUUUUAUAGGGAGCAGUACCGCAUCAGCUCCUAUUCAAUCCCCUCUGCAAACUAACUCUGCAGGUGUGUCAUCACCAGUGCAACAAAAUAAGCCCCAGUACUUUUUGGUGGUGUCUGGUUAUGAAUCCAUUCCAGCAGGAAGCAUGAUAAUAAAUCCUCGGACAGGUCAGGUUUAUCUGAAUGCAGACGGGACUAUCUACAGACACAAUCCCAAUCAAACUCUUCCUGCAUCUGUUUCUUUCAGUCCUGCUGGACCUCCUAUCUUUUCUCAACACCAAUUUGUCAUGGAUGCUCGCCAAUAUCCUGAUUCCAAUGGAAUGACUGAAUUAUCACAACAGUUAGGAUCAGUAAGUUUGAGUCAGCAACAACAACAACAGCAACAGCAACAGCAGCAACAACAGCAACAGCAACAACAGACUGAUAGUCUUAAUGAACUACCUGGUGCAUCGAGGCAAAUUUUAUAUGGUAAUUCCACAGCUACAAACCAAGUACAAACUAGUUGUACUCAACCUACUGCUGCAUAUCAACAGGGCUACCCAACUACUCAUGGUGUCAGCGGACAAGCUUUCCGCUACAUGCUUCCAGUUCCUCUUCUAUCAUCUGGCCAACAACAAGGUCAGAAUCCUACUGCUGUUGCUAUAGAUAGCCAAUCAGCAGCUGGUCAACCUGGCUCUACUAAUGUAGGGCAGUAUCAUCAACCCUUUAUUACAGGGGUGCCAAGCUACCCUUACCAGUCAGUCACAUCACCACCCAAUACUGAAGCUUAUCCAAACUCCAAUUAUGCCCCACAGCCAACUGUCGGCCAAGUUGAUUCUGCAAUACCAGGUUAUACCACUUGCCCAUCUAGUUAUCCAUCCUAUGGACAAAAUAACUACACCCCUCAAACUCCACAAUAUUAUACAAUGGCUGCAUCUAGCCCACAAAUAGGUUAUAACUUCAAUAGUACUGGAACAUAUCGACCUACCACACCUCCUAGUCAAGCUCCUGUAUCCACUUCAAAUGUACCUUUGAAUGUUGGACCACCAAUUAGUAUUGGACAACCGACUGGAAAUAGUCCUACAGCUAAUGCUACACAACUUCAAAGCCAAUAUGUUCCAUAUAAUUAUCCUCACUAUGCUCCAGCCCAACCACCUCGUGCACCUAAUACUCAAAUAAUGCAGUUUUCCACAACCCAAGUUCAUCCAUCAGCUCCUCAAUCAUACCCGGUGAUGCGGCCAAAUAUGCAAAUAAAUGUGCCAUUGCCACCUACAGCUGCAGCAGCACCUCCACCUCCCACUAAUCAGAGCUCUGCUACAGCCCUAGCAGCUCAACCAAUGCAUACUACUCCAAUCUGCAUCAAGAAUUUCACCGAUCUCAGCCGACUGCAGUCAAAGGUUGCCUCAGGUAGCACCAGUUGUGGAGGGGAAGCAAAUAGUAACAGUGGGCCACCCUGUGGAAAUAUGGACUCUGCACUGUCUGAGCAUACUCAUGUUUGUAAUAAGGAAUUUGUUAAUAAUACAGCUAAUGUUGCUGCACCUGGUACUGGAACCAUGCUAAGAUCAAAUACUGCGGAUUCUUUGCGGUUCAUUAGUCCAUCAGGAUUCCGCCCACAAGUUCAACCUUUACCAUUGAAUCAUCAACGAACUCGUCCUCCAAACUGCCAGUAUAACAGCAGCUUUGGAGUUGUUGGUAACACUAAUAACUCUAUUGGAAAUAAAGUUAAAAACAAAAAAUCACCACGUGGUAUUAGCAAAGACUGUUGCACGGGGAACCAAUCAUCUACUGGUAAUGACGCAGACUCAAGAGGGAAUGUUGCAGGAAGUAAUGUUUUGGAAGUAUAUGAUCUCUGUCCAAAGCUUCGUCAAGGAGAAGUUGAAAAACUAUUAAAAGAUUUGACCUGUCAGGGGGUCACCCUACAUUAUGUCCCACAUGAUAGCAGUCAGCUUUCUAACACCGACACAAGCAACCUGCAAGUUUCUGAUUGUAAAACUAUCCUGGCAAUAUUCCCUAGUGCACUGUGUGCAACUCAUGUACUUCAGAGCAUCCCAAGUGGAAGAUAUAAAUUAAGGUCAACAGUGUCCAGAGACUCUAUUGGUCAAAAAUCUGAACGAUAAGAAAGAAUACCACGUUUAUUUUUAUAGGAUAUCUUAAUAUUUUAUUUAAGGAGAGAGAAAAUUUUGAAUGUUUUUUUUUUUUUCCAUAGUUCAUGCACAGACUUACUGAAAUCAUUCACUCAAGACCAAAUCAAUUACACUCUGUCUAGAAAAUCAUUUCUACCCUUUAUCCCUCUACACUAUUUUAUUAAAAUCUUGUUUUCAACAUUUUAGUUUAUUUAAAAUGCAGACAGAAGAUAAGAGAGAGGAAAAAAAUGUAUUUUCACCAAUUCCAGUAAAUUGAUUGUUGACACCUUAUUUCUCAGUUGUGAUAUUGUCUGUGUACAUACUUUCUGUACAUAUCAAUUUCCUGAACCUCGUAGAAAGGAUACUGCUUCCAGUGUCAGUGUCAAUGGCUAAGAUAGCUGCACUCGGCACUGCCAGCUACUGUUGGAUACUGCUAAUUCUCUAUAACUUCUUACUAUAUUUCUCAUUCAGUUCUCUUCUCUGGUCUUAUUGUAAGUCUCUUUCUCUCUCUCUCUCUCUCCCAUUCUUUCUCUAUAUCUCUCUCUCUUUCCCACUACUAUUAUAAACUUUUCAUUGAUAAGAAAAUAUUGUUAGAAGCAUCUCUUUAAUCCAUCCAUUUAUUUGUUAUUGUUUUUGUUGUUGUUGUUGUUUUAUGUAUUUCAUUCUCCUUUAUUUUAGAUCGUCUUUUCUAAUGGCCUCCCAUCUACCUCCCCUAUUCCGACCCAAUCAUCUAUCAAUUCUUGAGUCAUUUUCUGCUGGCAGUACAAGGCAUAUAGAUUGUUAAAUUGGUUUCAGUGAUUUGAGAAGCAAAGAAACAUUGCAAGAUAUAGGGAUAUGGGGGAUGAAAUGAGAUAGAAAUAUACCUUUUGUUCCUAGUUGUUAAAAUUUAGAGUCUAAUAUGUUGAAACACUGAAAUUCACUCACCUGAUCUUUCUGUUUAUCUCUUUCCAAUAUGUGGUGUACUAUUUAUACAUUCAUAAGUAUGCCUAUGUACACACUCUAUCAACUGCACACAAUGAUACACACAUUGUUUAACCACCCACUACCCACCCACUAUUAAGUUUGAAUCUCAUUGAGUGUGUGUGUUUGUGUGUGAAUAUGUGUAUUGUAUGUGCAAAAAAAAAAAAAGAUGUACAACUAGUUGGUAAAACUCAAACUAACUGCUGGGAACUAACCAACAUAACCACUAGUAAUGCUCUGCUCUGCUGGUCAACAAACUAGUCAUAUAUAAAAUGACUACUCUAUCCCAUUCCCUAAUUUCAAAUCACAGUUGUUAAGAGAGAGACUUUUUACUGACUUUCUGCAGAUGUUGUUUUCCAAUCCCCAUCCUUAGCACUCACAAUCCUCCCUAAUUACCCAUGAGUCUCUCUAUUUAGGUUUAGAAGGCAGAAGAACCCUCCUCCCAAAAGCCUUACACACAUUCAUUGUGUUGAAAUGUUGUCAUUAAAAUCUGUAAAAUAAUCUCAAAA